CGGACUGAGGAGGAGGAGGGCAGCGCUGACUGCAGCAGCUGGCGUGGGGCAGGGAGGGGCGGGGCGGGGCUGGGGAGCCGGGGCGGUCGCGGAGCAGGGCGCCGAGGACUGAGGACGCAGUCCGGCACCUAGCAGAGCGCCAGGCGUCGACAGGAAGCCGCGGCGCCCGGCCCGGGGGCGAUUGGCCCACCGCGCCCCCGGGGCGCCAUGGCCCUACCGCGGCCGGGCGCACCCGCGGGGCCCUGGGCUUGUCGGCUCGUGAGCAGCUGAGCGGGGUGCAGCUUGUAAAGGCCGGGGCUCCCCAGGGCGCAAGUGGAGGCCGGCGCCAUGGAGCCCCCGGCCGCCCCCUCGGAAAGGAGCCUGUCUCUGUCUUUGCCCGGACCACGGGAAGGUCAGGCCACCCUGAAGCCGCCCCCGCAGCACUUGUGGCGGCAGCCUCGUACCCCCAUUCGAAUCCAGCAGCGUGGCUACUCCGACAGCGCGGAGCGCGCGGAGCCAGAGCGGUCGCCGCACCGGCCGAUAGAGCGCGCCGACGCCGUGGACACCAAUGACCGGCCAGGCCUGCGCACGACACGCAUGUCCUGGCCCUCGUCCUUCCACUGCACUGGCACCAGCAGCUGCAGCGCGGGCGGAGGUAGCUGCAGGCGCUUCGAGGCAGAGAAUGGCCCAAUGCCAUCUCCAGGCCGCAGCCCCCUGGACUCGCAGGCGAGCCCAGGUCUCGUGCUGCACGCUGGGGCAGCCACUAGCCAGCGCCGGGAAUCCUUCCUCUACCGUUCAGACAGUGACUAUGACAUGUCACCCAAGACUAUGUCCCGGAACUCAUCAGUCGCCAGCGAGGCGCAUGCUGAGGACCUCAUCGUAACGCCGUUUGCCCAGGUGCUGGCCAGUCUCCGGAGCGUCCGCAGCAACUUCUCUCUCCUGACCAAUGUGCCCAUUCCCAGCAACAGGCGGUCCCCGCUGGGUGGCCCAACGCCUAUCUGCAAGGCCACAUUAUCAGAGGAGACGUGUCAACAGUUGGCCCUGGAGACAUUGGAGGAGUUGGACUGGUGUCUGGAGCAGCUGGAGACCAUGCAGACCUACCGUUCUGUCAGUGAGAUGGCUUCACAUAAGUUCAAGAGGAUGCUGAACCGUGAACUCACACACCUGUCAGAAAUGAGCAGGUCGGGAAACCAGGUCUCAGAAUAUAUUUCCACAACAUUCCUGGACAAACAGAAUGAAGUAGAGAUCCUGUCACCCAUGAUGAAGGAGCGAGAAAAACAGCAAGUGCCACGACAGAGACCCUCCCAGCAGCCCCCGUCCCCUGUGCCUCACCUCCAGCCCAUGUCUCAGAUCACAGGGGUGAAAAAGUUGACCCAUAGCAGCAGCCCGAAUAACUCUGGUGUCCCCCGCUUUGGGGUGAAGACAGACCAAGAAGAGCUACUGGCACAAGAACUGGAGAACUUAAACAAAUGGGGCCUCAACAUCUUUUGCGUGUCGGACAAUGCAGGAGGUCGCUCCCUCAGUUGCAUCAUGUAUAUGAUAUUCCAGGAGCGGGACCUGAUGAAAAAAUUCCGCAUCCCUGUUGACACAAUGGUGACCUAUAUGAUGACACUGGAGGACCACUACCACACGGAUGUGGCCUACCACAACAGCCUUCAUGCAGCUGAUGUGCUGCAGUCCACCCACGUGCUGCUGGCCACACCUGCGCUGGAUGCUGUUUUCACGGACCUGGAGAUUCUUGCUGCCCUCUUCGCGGCUGCCAUUCAUGACGUGGAUCACCCUGGGGUCUCCAACCAGUUCCUCAUCAACACUAAUUCGGAGCUAGCGCUCAUGUACAAUGACGAGUCGGUGCUCGAGAACCACCACCUGGCCGUGGGCUUCAAGCUGCUGCAGGAGGACAACUGCGACAUCUUCCAGAACCUCAGCAAGCGCCAGCGGCAGAGUCUGCGCAAGAUGGUCAUCGACAUGGUGCUGGCCACGGACAUGUCUAAGCACAUGACUCUCCUUGCUGACCUGAAGACCAUGGUGGAGACGAAGAAAGUGACCAGUUCGGGGGUCCUCCUGCUGGACAACUACUCCGACCGCAUCCAGGUCCUUCGGAACAUGGUCCACUGUGCAGACCUCAGCAACCCCACCAAGCCACUGGAGCUAUACCGCCAGUGGACAGACCGCAUCAUGGCCGAGUUCUUCCAGCAGGGUGACCGUGAGCGUGAACGUGGCAUGGAGAUCAGCCCCAUGUGUGAUAAGCACACAGCCUCCGUGGAGAAGUCUCAGGUGGGUUUCAUUGACUACAUUGUGCACCCGUUAUGGGAGACAUGGGCUGACCUCGUCCACCCAGAUGCCCAGGAGAUCCUGGACACAUUGGAGGAUAACCGGGACUGGUACUACAGUGCCAUCCAGCAGAGCCCAUCUCCACCACCUGAGGAGGAGCCAGAGGGGCCAGGCCAUCCACCCCCACCUGACAAGUUCCAGUUUGAGCUAAUGCUGGAGGAGGAGGAGGAGGAGGAAACACCUACAGCCCAGACACCAUCCCUAGCCCAGGAUGCUCGGGAAGGGCAGGGACUGUCCACCACCGAGGAAGGAUCAUUGGCUCCUGAUGAGACCACAGCCAAGCCUGCACUCCCAAUGGAGGAACAGGACAUGUGUCCAGAGAUUGAGGUAGAAGAGGUGUAUUUGAUGCAGCAGUCACAUUCAGAAGGCGGUGCACCUGUAGCCCAGGAGGAGCUCAUGUCCCAGGAGGGAUCGGUAGAUGCUGUAAGCUGUAGCAGCCCCUCUGCCCUGUGUCUUGGAAGCCCCCUUCUGCCUACCUUGAGGACCCCAUCCAUUUCAAAGGAGGCCCCGGGCCUCCCGGGCCUCCCCUCCACGGCGGCCGAGGUGGGGGCCCACAGAGAGCAUCAGGCUGCCAAGAGGGCUUACAGUGCCUGCCCUGGGACCUCUGGGGAAGAGCCUCUGACACUCCUAGCUCCUGGUGGCUGGGAGUCCAGUGGAGACCCCAUCUGAGCCCUAGUGCCCCUUCCCUGUGUCCCUCCCGGCUCCCUGGUUCUCCCAUGCCCCCACAGCCACCUCCUCUGCUGCCUCAAAGACUCUCAGCCCUCCUGAGAAAAAAGAAAACAGAAAAGUGGGGUUUUUUCUCUUUUCUUUUUAUCCCCCUUUCCCCUGCUCCCACUGGCAGGAUCUUUUUUUGGAGGUGGGGGCUGGGGAAUGAGAGGCUGAGGUCCCAGAGGGAUUUUAUUUUUUGAAUUUUAAUUGUAACAUUUUUAGAAAAAGAAAAAAAAAAAGAAAAAAAAGGAUGCAACACAGCGACUGUAGACACUCCUAUUCCUGGUUCUCCUUUUCCACCUCCAACUCCUCCCCCCCUUCCUCCCCAUGCUCCCCCACUCCCCAAGUUUAAGGCUGAGUCUUCCAGGCCUCUUAGACCUCUCUAUACCUGGGGCCUCCUUCUGGGCUUUUCUUUUGAAUUUUGGAGGGUCUUUGAUUGAAGCCAGUCAAGAAUAGCCAUUCUGAACAGGGAUGGGGGAAGGGGAGUAGCUUUCACUCUGGGAGGCCCCAGCUCCAGCCCCACUUUGGCUCUUGUCCCCCCUCCCAACAAAAGUCUUCCGCCUCAUUUUGCACAACCCUAGCAAUACUGACCAGGGGGUCAGCUAGCUAGGGAGGAGCUGUUCACUAGGAUGCAAGGGGUAGCAUUUUAGGGGCUAUGGGCCUGAGAUUUGAGGAGGGCCUGAACCCCCCUGCUUGCCACCUGUUUCCUCUUCCACUUUGAGUUCACUUUGAAUUUUCUCCAUUUUCAGGGGGUGAGGGCAGCUCUUAUCCACACACACACCUGUCCCCCCUUCUAGCUGCUUCUCCUCUUGUUUCUGCCUUAAUGAUUUCCAUGGCCAUAGGAGAAGGGGGUUGCCAUGUUUCCCCACCUGUACCUUGGGUGGGGCAGGGCCAGGCCCAGAGCCCCCAUCCUGGCUGUCUCCCCCCUUUCUUGGUAUCUUCCAUACCCCCCCAGACCCUGACCCUAGCCCCUGACCCUUUGCCCUAGGAGGAAGCAAUAAUAUGCAUACCCUCAUCCCCCUAUCCUGGGCAACCCCUCCCACCCUGGCACCAAAGUAAUUUCCCCUUUGUCCUGACCUUGCUGAGCUCCUCCCUAUGCUCCCCAACCACCCCUACCCCCCAUCUAGCUCCUGAGCAAUAUGACGGACAGAUGCAAGGCCAUUUUUCUCCAAGCCAUGGGGGACUAUUUGGAAGGAAAGACCCCCAACCCCUGUCCCCAUAGCCCUGGGCCUGGUUCUGUCACUAGGCAGAGCAGGAACUGUCUCAUUCGUUGCCUGUCCUCAACCUAAUCUGAGCACAUGGUACUGUAUUGUCCCCAAAUUUUCCCUAACCUUCCAUCUGUCUGUCCCCUCCCUGCUAGUGGUGAGCAACCCCCCACUCCCACCCCCACAAUGCUGUACAGGGUUCAUUUUUGUAGUGAAAGUAGUUUCUGUCCCAGCCAACAACUGGAGUGGGCCUUUUCUUUUCUGUACAUAUUGUAAGGUUGGUUUGUAAAUUAUUCUACAGAGGCAUAAAGGGAAAAGAAACUUGUUCUUCCUGGCUGACCCAUCAGGAAGGUAGGGAGGAGAUCUCCUGGAAGGAGAGUCUUGCUCCUGCUGUAUUAUACAAACUGUACAAUAGUCCCGGGAAUGGGUGGGCUCACUACCACUGCUAUUUUUAUGGGAAGUCGCAUCAUCAUCAUGGGGGGAGAACAAGGCAGAGCCUGCCACCUCCAACCUCCCCAGGAGCCAGGGGGUGACUGGCGAGAUGGACCCCCACCCCAAUCAGGACUUCUCUCCCGAGGGUGGGUGCAGGACCUGGUGAGCUGCUUGUAUGUUGUUUCAUUUUGAUGACCAAUCGUUCAGUCCACUGAUCGAUAAUCAAUCCUUCGAUCUUGUCUCUAAUAAACUGAGGCUUUCACUGAUUCUCCUGGCUGAUGUAGCUUCAUUCUUCACCUUAUUUGUUGAGGUGCUUCCUUCCUGAGGUGUCUGCUGGAGCAAGGGAGGGGGUGCUCUUUCACACCUAUCCCCAAGCAGGUAGAACUGUGAGUAGAACUCAGCUAGAAGUAGCCCCCAAGCCUGGGCCAGGUUAUACAAUGAAAUUUCAGACCAUGAAAAUUUUAAAUGUCAAGAAACACAAGUAGCUUUACUUCUUGCUCUCAAAGCAUGUCUAAUACAACUUUUGAGUCCUUCUAAAACCUAGCAGUUACUUCUGGAAACCUCAAGGGGUCUGAGGGAUGCCACCUCCAUUACCUGGCUUCCAGGUUGUGAUGAAAUGUCUCAGGUCAAAUUCUGCCUAGCAGACAUUAAACUUGAUUAUCAGGCACAAAAGAAUUUACAUCUUUAAGUUCCAUGGAUUCCUAGCAUUCUGUCCAUGUUAGGUUUGCAACUUUCACAUUGCAUUUUUAGAAAAAGAAAGAAGCCGGCUGUGGUGGCUCAUGCCUGCAAUCCUAGCACUUUGAGAGGCUUGAGGUAUGUGAAUUGGUUGAGCUCAGGAGUUCAAGACUAGCCUGAGCAAGAGGAAGACCCCACCACUACUAAAAAAAAAGAAAAACUGGCUUGGUCCCUGUAGCUCAAGCGGUUAAGGCGCCAGCCACAUACACCAGAGCUGGCAGGUUUGAAUCCAGCCCGGGCCUGCCAAACAAAAAUGACAACUACAACCAAAAAAUAGCCAGGCGUUGUGGUGGGUGCCUUUAGUCCCAGCUGCUCAGGAGGCUGAGGCAAGAGAAAUUGCUUAAGCCCAGGAGUUGGAGGUUGCUCUGGACUGUGAUGCCACCGCACUCUACCCAGGGCGACAGCUUGAGGCUCUGUCUCAAAAAAGAAAAGAAAAAAAACAAAACAAAAACCGAGACAAGAGGAUUACUUGAACCCAAGAGUUUGAGGUUGCUUUGAAAUAUGAUGAUGCCAUGGCACUCAACAGAAUGAGACUCUUUCAAAAUAAAUAAAUAAAUAUAUUUUUAAAUAGUAAAUAAAGAGGCUCAGCACCUAUAGCUCAAUGAGUAGGGUGCCAGCCACAUACACCAAAGGUGGCGGGUUUGAGCCCGGCCCAGGCCUGCUAAACAACAACAACUACAACCAAAAAAUAGCCAGGCGUUGUGACGGGUGCCUGUAGUCCCAGCUCCUCGGGAGGCUGAGGCAAGACAGUUGCUUAAGCCCAAGAGUUUAAGGUUGCUGU